UUUAAGGGGCUGGUCAUUUUAACCUACACAGGUGCAGCCGCACUGUCAGCAUGGAGACCGGAUGCCAAAAUGUUCAGCUCUGCUCUACCAUCCUCAACGUGACUUUCCCCCCUGAGGUCAUCGGACCACUUUUCUUCUUUCCUCUCCUCUACAUGAUCUGCCAGCUUGGAGAAGGGCUUCUCCUCAUUGCCAUCUUUCGGUGCUAUGAGAAAAUCAAGCCUUCCAAGGAUAAAACAAAAAUGAUCUACACAGCUGCCACAACUGAAGAAACUAUUACAGCAGCUCUGGGAAAUGGCAUCCAUAAAGAGUGGUCCUCUCGCACAGCCCAGCCUUCCCCCCCAGUGACCUGGACUCAGAAGGCCAGUGUGGACAACUACAGAGAGCAGAAAGAUGAAAAAACACCAGUGGUGUCUGUCUAAGUCUUUCUGAAACAUUUCCAGCAGCAACUAUCAGGAUCACCAAGCCUUGCCUGGAGGACAGAAUAGGGGUCUACCCUAAACUCACCUAUCGCCAGCUGAGAAUUUGAUACCUAUUUAAAAAAUAAAAAGGAAGACUUGUUAAAUGACAGCCCUAUGAAAGCAAGAACCAAGACUGCCUUUUACCCCUGCAUCUCGAGAAAACUGCCUGAUAGGCAUAUAGAAGGCACUCAAUUUCUUCAUUAGUCAAAAAAUGGUUUUACCAUAAAAUCAAAUACCUAAAUCCUGUUCCAAAUUUUUGACUAAAAACAAAAUAAAUGUUCAGAUGGCAGAAUUAGACCUCAGAAGCACUAACCUUAAAAAUUCAGAUCCCAUCCCUUCCCUUUUGACAUCACUACUCGGACUAAAGUUCCUGAGGACACAAACAUGACACCAAGUACACAAAAGCAGACAUGAUAAAAUGCAAAAGCAAUGAGAAGACAAACACAAAAACUCAGCCAUAAUGAAACAUUUU